AUGGAGGCAGCUGAAGAAGAGUUGGAAAGGAGGAGUAAGUUCUUGAACAGUUUGAUACUGAAGAAGAAAGCUGUAGAGCAGAAAGAGCAGCAUGAACGCUGGAACAUACGCGUUAGGGCUUCUGAUAUGGAUGUGAAUCUGCAGAAUCACGCCUUCAAGUGUGCUAGAGGGAAUCUUGACUCCAUGCCUAUUGGGAAGCUUGAUAGUAAACGCCUUGCUCUUUCUCUUAAAAAGGAAUUUGAUUCAACUUAUGGUCCAGCUUGGCACUGCAUUGUGGGAACCAGCUUUGGGUCAUAUGUUACACAUUCAACUGGAGGUUUCUUGUAUUUCUCAAUUGACAAGGUUUAUGUUCUUCUGUUCAAAACCGCUGUUGAACCAUUAGGCCAUUGA